AUGAGAAGGGGAGCGAUGGCGAGGCUGGCGGUGGCCGCGAGGGCGUUCUCCGCCUCGGCUUCCGGCGCGGGCACCGGCGGCGUGUCCAUGGUGCAGGGGGCGUCCCGGGGCAUCGGUCUCGAGUUCGUGCGGCAGCUGCUGCGGAGAAGCGGCGAAGGCCGCGUCGUCGCCACGUGCCGCGCGCCGGGUUCCGCGGCCGAGCUCCAGAAGCUCAAGGAGGUGCACGCGCCCGGGCGCCUCACCGUGCUGCUGCUCGACGUCACCGACGAGAGCACCAUAGAGGCAGCUGCGGCCUCAAUUACAGAGACCCAUGGUUCUCUGGACCUGCUGAUCAACUCCACCGGCAUCCUUUCGAUCCCCAACGUGAUACAACCAGAGACUACACUAAGCAAGGUUCAGAAGUCAUCCCUGAUGCUGGCAUACGAGGUGAAUGCAGUUGGCCCUAUCUUAGUGAUCAAGCACAUGUGGCCAUUGCUGAAGGUUGGAGGUCGCUCUGAGACUGGGAGAGGAUUCGCAUUGGUUGCAAAUAUGAGCGCUAGAGUCAGUUCGAUAGGAGACAAUGCUUUGGGAGGCUGGCAUGCAUACAGAACUUCUAAAACAGCACUGAAUCAGUUGACCAAGACAGUGUCAGUGGAGUUUGGCAGGAAGGACAACAUUGCCUGCAUCCUGCUACAUCCUGGAACCGUGGACACUGACCUCUCACGGCCAUUUCAGAGAAAUGUCCCCAAGGGUAAGCUCUUCACGAGAGAGUUCUCUGUACAGAAACUUCUCUCCAUCAUUGACAACGUCAAGAAAAGCGACAACGGCAAGUUCUUCGCAUGGGAUGGCCAAGAAAUCCCUUGGUGA